AUCACUUUAUUCAAAAUGGUUCAAUUCCAGAAAACCUUUGUUGUGACAGCACUUCUUUUAUCAGUCUGCUGCUGGUUCGCGGAUGGCUGUGGGAGGGAGAGCUGCGAAUCGGAUUCAUGGAGUUCAGAGUGCUAUUACCGGUACAGAGGGAAAAGAAGCGUUCAUUUGGACGGUGUCAAAUAUGUUAUCAAGGCAGGAGAUCCGUGUAAAUUUGAAACCUACGAUGUCGAUGGGGAUGGGGCAGUCGUUAAGAAAGAAAUCAGUGCUAUUAUUAGGAACAAAGUGAAACUCGACCGUCUUUUUGCAAACCUUGAUAUUACGGGAGAUGGAAAAAUCGAUGCAGAAGAAUUUUAUACGUCACCUGCAAUAAUAGCUGUUUGUAUGGACUAUGACUACAUGGGCACAGACUAGAAAUAGCCACGAUAUCUACAGUUCCGAGAAUAUAUUUUACAGAAAAGAUUUUGCAACAUAUGUGUACUUGUGCUAAAUAUAUUAACAUUCUGAUUGUCCUUUCGCUAUUAUUCUCUUACAAUCAAUAUUUUUAUGGAAAUGAUUACCACAGAAAAGAGUGCCAUCUUUAAAGUUCAAAUGUUACAUUUUCAUUUUAAAUAUUAGAAAUAUCUUUAUUGAUACCAAAAAGUAUAUAAAUCUGCAAUUUCUGUAUUUAAUUCCAUUAUGUUACAUGAAAUAUUGCAACCUUUCGACAUAUACGAAAGAUAUCUUAAACAAAAAUUUCUCAAUAAUUUUUCUAGCAUGAAUUGCUCUAAACGGCUCUUGUUGACAACACAAAUAUAACAUACCAAUUGC